AGGCGCCCUCUGCAGGCGUGGGGGAGCCAUUGUCUCACCGGGCCCGGGCCGAGGCAUGAGGCGGCCUCCCUGCCCGAUGUGGCCUCCCCACCUCGUCUUUACCGGAGACCGGGACACGAAGCCGUGGUCCCCAGUGCCCCCUCAGGGUGCGAAGGCUGGGCAGCGGCCUUCACGCACCAUGCUAGAUGUGUCCAGAUGUUCUUAACAAGCUAGACAGAAUACACUCUGUGACAUUGGAGCAACACACACCAUACUGUCUCCUGUGAAACUUUACGGUUUGACAAGUCAAGUUAUCAAUGGGGAGAUGCAGUUCUACGCCAGGGCCAAACACUUCUACCGGGAGGUGCCAGCCACAGAAGAGGGCAUGAUGGGAGACUACAUGGAGCUCUCCAACACAGACAUUGAAUCCUCCAGGGAGUUUCUCAGGAAGUUUGUUGGGCAAAGUGUGGGAUCAAGCUUCAUCUCUCAUGAGUGUUCGUUUUCGUUCUUCUCGAGGGCAAAUGGAGAUGCGUAAUCGGAAGGCCUUGCUGUCACGCAUCAUGGGAGACGAAUUCUCUGUUUUGAGUGAGGGGGUGGGGAAAGCUGGCACCAACCGCGCCCUGGACUGCGGCUCUGGGAUAGGCCGGAUCAGCAAGCAUGUCCUGUUACCAGUUUUCAAGAGUGUGGAAUUAGUGGAUAUGAUGGAGAAUUUCCUGGCUGAGGUGCCGAACUACCUACAGGGCAAGGAGGACAGAGUAGAGAUGUAUUAUUGCAAAAGCCUCCAGGAAUUCACUCCAGCUCCGCAAAGAUAUGAUGUCAUCUGGAUUCAGUGGGUUUCAGGCUGUCUGACAGAUAAAGAUCUCCUGGAGUUUCUCAUCCGGUGCCAGAAUGGCUUGAAGGAUAAUGGUGUUAUCAUUCUCAAGGACAAUGUAGCCAGGGAGGGCUGUAUCCUGGAUUGUCUGGACAGUAGCGUGAUCCGAGACCUCAACAUCCUUCACAGCCUCAUUGAAAUGAGUGGACUCACCAUCCUGCGGGAGGAGAGGCAGGAGGGAUUCCCCGAGCAGUGUGUCCCUGUCUGGAUGUUGGCCCUGCAGAAAGGCCCUGCCCAUUCCUGACUCCCAGGGAGACAGCAGAGCCCAGACUGUGGCUGAACCACGGGACUGGGAUGGAGAACAUCUGAUAGAAUCCUACUAACCAUGCACUGCUACUACUGCAACUCUAGGGCAACAACUCCUAAAGGAUGGGGAGACAAUUACAAAUUAGCUUCUUCAGGGAAUAGUCUGCUUUGAAUCCUGCCUGCUUCAUCAUUCUCUCAAUUUUUAAAGGCCUUUCUAACAGCUCCUUGUCAGAUCUCUCUUUCAUUAAGGAAACUAGUAGAAAAUAAUUAGGUCUGGAGUUUCUGUAGUGGCUAAUACAUUUUGGAGUGUUCUGUAUAAGGUGUUAACAAAUAAGCCUGGUUUUUACUAUGGCAUUUAAAUUUUCUUGGAAUUUAAGAAGGAUCUGUCAGAUCACUGAAGCAGGAAAUUCAAAUAACUUCUGGAAAACCUAACCCAAAUUUUGACUGUCAUCACUAUCUGUACUUUAAAAUAUUUGAAACAAAAAUGUAAGGAAAGUUUUAUCCAUUUACUUGCUUCAGCUAUGCAGUUUAUUUACUUGUUUGCAUUUCUGUCAGCUUGGACUAUAAGACAACCUGGUUAAUUUUCCAGUUUUAGGAACUACUUUAUGUUCCUUAUAUUUCUGCCAGGGAACAAUAGUGGUGCAUAAGGGUUUUCACACUCCAGGGGAAAACUUAGAUGACAAAUAUAUGCAUGUUUGCAUUGAAAUUUUGUUAAAAAGAUUGCCCCACAAAUUACAUUCUGGAAAAUAUUUUUUCAAAAUGUUCACAGUGGAAACCACUUGAAAGCUUCUCUUUAUUAUUCAUACCACUGUAAACUUCUUUCUUUCCCACAUUCAGAACAAGUCUGGCACCAUAUGUAGAGCUAAUGGGAUUUCAUGGGGUGUUAAUAGUAAGACUGUAAGAAGAACUAAUACAGUAUUGUAUUAAUUAACAACUGUACUAAACUGCAGAGGGUGUUAGUGUAACCCAAAAGCAUCCAUGAUUUAUAUUCAAACAGCAGCUGUAUAAGCCUGGAUUUGAAACUACUAACACACAUACCAUAUCCUUAAGGCUCACAGAAAUUACACAUUGAGCUUCUUGUCCCCUUCGUAUAGGCACGGAAAGUGUGGUGGGAGGACAGAAGCUGAUUUUGCAAAAAAAUUCAGAAUUUGAAGUUCUGCUUCAUUCUGAAUGAGGACAAGAAGGGAGAAUUUUGAAAUUCUUUAUGAAGGCAAACCGCACAACCACAGACUUUUCCAAGCUGAUUAAAAUUUUUCAUUUAGGCAAAAUGAAAUAUUUCUUUUGAAUUUGACUUUUAAAAUAAUUUGCACUUAAAAUAUUAUUAUGUGCAGUAGCAAGCAAGUUAAAUAUGGCAUGUUCAAAAUUUUAGAAAUUAAUUAUAAUGUUAGAAUGGACUGUUUUGACUCUGUCAGAAUUAUUAUCAUGUUUUAUUUCCCUGAAAUGCAAUUCUGGUGAAACGUAUCAGGCAUUUUAAAGAGUUGCAUUAUGACAAACCUCCGUCUUCUGAGGAAAAGGGUUCUAAAAAACAUCCUCCACAUGACUGUAGGCACAGUUGUUCAUGUCAAAUAUUGUCAUCUGUGUUAGAUUAGCCCACAUAGAAGCCUGAAGAUAACGAGAUUAGGGAACUUCUCAGCUGGAUUUUAGUACACUUUGCCAUCCUUUGAUAACAAAUCUCCAGUUUUGGUUUUAAUUGCAUAACUCAUAUUCUCUAGCCAUAUGGUUGCGUAUGUUGAGAAUUUCCAGUUUAUGGCAGAAGGCUUCCUGCCAUCAAAUCUUAUCCAGUGAUUGUUCUCUUAAUGUGCCAUCACUAAUUGUAGGAUUAAGGAAAACAACCCUGGUGAUUUGGUGAAUAUUUUGGUAUGUCAUAUAACCCAGAAAACUAUUGUUCCCAUGACACAUGUUUUGGCUAAUUGUUGCAUUCUAAUCGACUGGUAAUGAACAUAAAUUUGGUAUAUAACAUUGUUAAAAUUCCAAGGUGAACACUGGCAUUCUGGAAUUGUCCUCAGACCUAAGCAUUUCAGAUUCCCUUUACGCCACGAGAUGCUUUCAUUCUGCCGAGGCCACUAAAACCUGGUGUGGUCUUUGUGUGAAUAUGAGUAUGUGCAGGUAUGAAGGAAACCCAGUCAUUUGUUUAACAGGAAAGGGGCAUCGGUCCUGUUGUUAGUAACACUGAUUAGCACUAACACAAGAAUAUUGAAAAGUCUUUUAUGUGGAUUACAAAUUAAUUUGUCUUUCACCAUUUUUGCUUCUUGCCAGAGACGUCUGCUGUUGUGCAGAAUACUUGGGGACAGCUGAAGAUCCUAGUGCAAUCAUGACUGUGCCAGGCAUGUCUGAGUGGUGUUGGUCACUACAGUGGUGAGGAAGUAAACAAUUUAAUACAAAUCUAAACAGCUGCUGUAUCUCACACGGCAGAAUAAAUCAGCUGUUCGCUUACACACCAGAGUGGGUACAGUUUAGUAGUGAGAGAUGUGGUUUCAAGAUGGAUAUACAAUGUAAAGUGGUUUAGGAUGAAAGGUAGAAUAUGAAUGACUGGUAUUAUAAUCAGUAAAAUACAUUUUUCAAGGUAAAAAUGUUCUUCCCCUAUUUUGUACAUCUCUCCUAUUUGAAAUUCCAGAAUACAUGUACAUAAAUAUAUAAUGAAAAUUGGUUCCCGUAACUAUGUGAGAACAGAGACAAGUAAAAUCUUAAUUUAGUAGAAAAACUCAUAUUUCAUGGUUCCCACAUUCCUAGAAAUUAGUGUUUCAUGGCUAUGUUCUUCUAUACUAAAAUAUUAAAGCUUUUCUGGUGACAUAAUAAAUAUCAAGAGUAAAGAAGCACAAGCCCUCCAGAGGCUUAAAUGCAUGAGAUUGCUGCAGACUGAAUAAUAUUUUGGUUUCCUCCUUUUCCAAGGUAUAUUUUAAUUCAAGAACUCCCAGUCAGCCUGUGCAGGCCACUCUCCAAUGUUUGUGGAUUUGGGUAAGGGCCAUUGUUGGCUUAAAAGUUCAGGGUUCUCUGGACUUUACCAUAGUAUAUAAUAAUAGUAAUGAAUCACAAAUUUGAAACAGAAGAUCUUGCUUAGAAAUCAUCUGUGUGUCAGUUUUUCUCUGGUGUUCAAAGACUGAAUAAUCAACUCAGUUGCUCAGCAUCACCUUUCAGGUUAUUUAAACCGUGCAUUUAAAGAAGUCUUUAGCUCAUCACAUUGCAUUGGGAGUUUGAAUCCCAUUUGUUUGGUGCUCACGUAGGACUUGUUCUUGAUCUGAGCAUUACCAGAAAUUUAAUCCAAGGUCAAGGUCCUGGCUGAGGCAAGGUUCACAGAACAUUCAGAGUCCUUCAAGCUCAAGCCGUCAUUCACCACCAGCAGGUAAUUAGUGAAACCCCCAAAUUAGUCCUUCAAUCAGAUGUUUCUCCCAGGCAACCACUACUCAAGUAAUCACUUAGCCAAAGUGCAGCAAAACCCAUUUCAGCCAUGUCACCACCAAAGCUCUUGGUAAUGCAUCGUGUCCCCAUAUCGGGUCCAGUGCUUCUAUUCUGUGAGACUGAAGGCCAAAUAUCUUUAUUAUAUGAAAGUGAGGUUCCUUACAAAGGAGAUCCUCAAGCCCUGACAGUAGCCCCUGAGUGCUACUGCAAACCAAACAAAAUGUAAGGAGCAAUUAUUACAGCAGUCUGAACAGCGAUCCCAACUGUGUAGCUCCAGCAACCAUCAAAGCUCAAGCUGUUUGUUAUUCUGAAAGCAACUUAGACAUUACAAAUGUCCUUUCAUUCCUAAUUGGAAGAAAGAGCCAUCAUUUUGAAACAUAUUGCUGACUGGAUAGUCCAAAAUAUUUUGUUUCAGAAAUAUUGAAAUGAUCAUAUCAAAUAUUUUUAGUUUUACUUUCUUGUUUGGAUGUUUAUAUAAUCCAGUCUAAAUUGACAUGUUAUGUGAGAUGAUAAUACAUUAUAUAGUAUUGUAAAAAUUGAAGUGAAAUACUAAUUUCCUACUGAAUACACCAAUCGGUACAUUCCCCGCCCCCAAUUUUAGUGAAACAAGUCAGCAGUUUCCAGAGGAAACAGUCAUCUCAAGAGGAACCGUCCUGUCAAGAAGCAUUUGCCCAAGCUCUUUUUCUCCUAGACAUAUCCCACCCAUUCAGGCAGCUUGCAGUGUGCCUGGUCUAGGGAGAAGCCACCUUGGGCUCUUUGACAGGCAGGAAGAAGAAACUGGCACCUCCAGAGUGAUUCAGACCACCUCAGAGCUGAAGUGGCUUGAAAUAAGUUUCCCUUCUCCCUGGGAAUGAAAGUGCAUCCUCGUUAUAACCAAUUCAGCAUCUUCAUCGUUAAUGUCGAACAGAAGUAAAGUGUGAUCUGAGGGGCUUGUGACUAUUAAAAGCAGAAAAAGACAUGAGCUUGGAUAACCAAAUACCCAUUAAAAAUCAGUCAUGGUACAGGGGCACUGCAUUAAUGGGAGCGAUAUAUGCCUGCAUAAUGCCAACUGACAAAAGCUUUGCCGGUUGUUCCACCAUGUGCCCCAAGUACCUUUAUGCUGUUCAGUUGUUCUGUCCAUUCUCUUAAUCCAGGUUCCCCAGAGCAUUUACAAUGGUGUAUCUGACAGUAGGCCUGUCCAGAGGAACUUGACUGUUAUAUGUGAUUAAAACCAGUUGUGUUGUAUCCCAUUCCUCUUCCUUUGAUGCUUCUUCCAACUUGCCAAGAAAAUCCCUCCUCCACUUGCCAAAAAUGAUUUGUUCUCUGUGCACAUCACCACAUCUCACUGAAGUAAAACAGAUUACCUUUGAUUUUAAGAGGAGAUAAUUCUGUUUAUCUGAGAGCAAUAACAACACGCUGUAUUUCAAACAUACAGGUUAAUAUUUGUCUCUUUCAAUUGAUGUCAAGUAGGCAAUCCCAGACCCUUUUACCAAACACAACUCAUGACCUCAUGAUCACCAUAAAUAACAAUAUUUGUAUGACACUACACAUCCAUAGACCUUGAAGCAUGCGUUAUCAUUUCGUUCAGGGUAAGGAAACUGAGGCACUGAAAAGUGUUCUGGUCUGAAUUACAGCUUUACCUAAGUGGUAGCUGUGAGUGAUUAACACUUCCACAAAUCAGGCCACUACAGGAACUGCGGAGUGUUUUGCAGGCAGAUAUAAACUUGCUCUUCUUGUGCUUGGAGCAGAUUGAAACAGCAUGGUUGUGGUUAGCCUGCUUGUUACACCAACCCGAUGUGUCCUGCAAAGAGAGGGCUCAGGCUGAAUGUUGUGCUCAUGAACAUAAACAGCUUCUGUUCCUUUCAAAGCGUUGGAAGAACAACCUGGUGUAUGCCUGCAGCAAAAAUAAAGAUGGAAAACUGGUGGAAA